AUGGGAGUGCCUCGAAGGACUCUGAUCGACAGAUUUAACGGCCUGACGGCCAUGAAAGAGCAAAUUCAGCCUGGUCAGCGUUUGUCCAAGAAUCAGGAAGAUAAAUUGGCUUUCUGGAUUCUUCGUCAGGAGUCUCUGGGAUAUGCUCCGUCCCACAAUCAGAUUCGCGCUUGCGUCAUGGGCUUGUUAAGACAUCAAGGCGAACAACCAGAAUUAGGACGCAACUGGGUAGCCAGAUUCAUCGAGCGCCACCGAGACCUUAAGACUAAGAUCGGUAGACGUCAGGAAGCUAAUAGGUUUGAAUCCUUCACGCCUAAGGCGGUUCAUUGGUACUUCGAUAUCAGGGAGGGCCAGCACGGCUGGAUUCGGCCUGAGAACAUUGUUAACGUUGACGAAGGAGGCAUCAUGAUCGGUUUUGGCAAGCCGCCAUUUCUCUUUUCUCUUUAUUUUUGA